CAACUACCACCAUUUUCUUCUUCGCUACUCCAACUCCAAAUCCAAAUCCAAAUUUACUCUCGAUUGUGAAUUGAAGGACAAGAGAGAAGUAGUACGAUAAUGGCUGUUUCUGUUUCUGCAAUGAUUGUAGACUCAAAGCUUUCAUCGGACCCUCCGCCUUCCAUCCCCCUAACCAGAUCCGACACUUUUGACUCAUUGUCAGACGAAGAGGACCUCUACUGUCGUCUCAAGUCCCUGCAGCGUCAGCUUGAAUUCAUUGAUAUCCAGGAGGAAUAUGUUAAGGACGAGCAGAAGAAUCUCAAGCGCGAGCUCCUACGCGCCCAGGAAGAGGUCAAGCGGAUCCAGUCUGUUCCCCUUGUUAUUGGUCAGUUCAUGGAGAUGGUCGACCAGAACAAUGGCAUCGUUGGCUCCACGACCGGUUCCAACUAUUACGUCCGGAUCCUUAGCACCAUUAAUCGUGAGUUGUUGAAGCCCUCCGCUUCCGUAGCGCUCCACCGCCACUCUAACGCUCUGGUCGAUGUGCUGCCUCCCGAGGCAGACUCUAGUAUAUCGCUUCUUAGCCAGUCCGAGAAGCCCGAUGUUACCUAUAACGAUAUUGGGGGAUGUGACAUCCAAAAGCAGGAAAUUCGUGAGGCAGUGGAGUUGCCACUCACUCACCACGAUCUAUACAAACAGAUUGGCAUAGAUCCUCCUCGUGGUGUUUUGCUCUAUGGUCCUCCGGGAACUGGAAAAACCAUGCUUGCCAAGGCUGUUGCUAAUCAUACGACUGCUGCUUUCAUUAGAGUUGUCGGCUCUGAAUUUGUGCAGAAGUAUUUGGGAGAGGGCCCUAGGAUGGUUCGUGAUGUUUUCCGUCUAGCUAAGGAGAAUGCUCCUGCAAUCAUCUUUAUUGAUGAGGUGGAUGCUAUUGCUACAGCUCGAUUUGAUGCUCAAACUGGAGCUGAUAGAGAAGUGCAGAGGAUUCUUAUGGAACUUCUUAAUCAGAUGGAUGGGUUCGAUCAAACAGUCAAUGUUAAGGUCAUUAUGGCGACUAAUCGUGCAGAUACUUUGGACCCUGCACUUCUUCGUCCUGGAAGGCUUGACCGAAAGAUUGAAUUUCCUUUGCCUGAUAGAAGGCAAAAGAGACUAGUUUUUCAGGUUUGCACUGCUAAGAUGAACCUAAGUGAUGAGGUGGACCUGGAGGAUUAUAUUUCUCGGCCAGAUAAGAUUAGUGCAGCCGAGAUUGCAGCUAUUUGUCAAGAAGCAGGAAUGCAUGCAGUACGCAAGAAUAGGUAUGUCAUACUCCCAAAGGACUUUGAGAAGGGCUACCGAACCAAUGUGAAGAAGCCCGACACUGACUUUGAAUUCUACAAAUGAUGAGAGCUGGAAAUGUAUGGAAUUCACGUAGCACCUGUUCAUGGAAAGUUUCAUUUUAGAUAUAUGCUGCAUCGAAUAUUCAGACUUGUCUGAUGGUCUUCCAUGUUGUAUUGACCAUGGUUGACUUCAUCAUAGAGAUCCUUGUUUGGAAUUUCUGGUUGACGUUUGUUUUUCAUGAUUUAUGAAGGUGAAUUGUACUUAAAUUAAAAUCAUACAUGCUUGCUAUGAGGAUAACGCUGUGGAGGUUCUAUUGUCCUA